AACAAAAUUGAAAAUUUCCCCCGGGGCGCAGGAGACGCACGAAAAUAAAAUGUUAAUUCGUGUCGUAAGACCGGUGAUGGUAUAUAUAACAGUGUCAUCGAGGAUUCUGAGGAUAGUUGCAGGCUACACCUCAACCGAACAUGGUCAAGGCAUUCUUAGUACUUCUAGCCGUCUACGUGGUGUCCGGCGCACCAGCAGUACCGUUCGCACGGUAUGGGUUACCUGGUGAUAACGAGGGGGAAGUAUUUCUGCCGACGGCCGUACUUCCGGGGGUGAAAAAUUUAGAGGAAAAGUUCCUACCCCUUGAGCAGUUCCAGAGCCCUCCGGAAAAUUUGCAAGGAACUAGAAACCUGGCUGAGAAGACGCAGUUGCCGGAUACGUUACCAGGGGUGCGAAACUUGGCUGAGAAAUCUAUCCCGGAAUCAAUAACUCUGAGGAAGCUGCCAGCUCAAGUACCUGAUUUUCCAAAAUUGGAAGUCGAGAGUGUACCCGUAUUACAAAACAUCCCAGAACGCAUCGAGCAGCCCCUGGUCCCUGUUCCUACACCAGACUUCCAGGUGGGUGAGGAAAUCCUGAGUGACGCCAUCCCGGGCCCUGUCGAAUCCAUUGAGGAUAAAGCACCUGGGUCACUUAUCAUCCCCCCUGGCACCAAACUCAAAUUGGAAGAUGAUCGUGGACAGUAUUCUCACGGAUUCUCAACUCCGGAUGGUACUCAGGUGCAGGAAACUGGUCAUCUGAUCACUACCAACGGUGGCUGGGAAUACGUAAUCGCCAAGGAGGGUAGUUACAGCUACACCAGCCCUGAGGGUACUCCGGUGACUGUGAGCUACAUUGCCGACCACAAUGGAUUCAGGAUAACGGGACAGAAGAUUGGCCGACGGUAAAGCUGUGCUAGUCGAUAACCAGGUGGUCCUUACGUUUUUCGAAAUUUGGAGCGUUCUUACCUACCGACGGUAGGACUUGAAGAAUUUCAGUAUCUCGACACCACUGAACGCGUAGACUGGUUAUUCAAGAACGGUAAAGAUUGUAAGGACUUUCUGUGGGGGAGCAGAGAGGAGACUUUUGGAUUGAAAAUAAAAUAUUGUACAGUGUGCAAAGCGUGGCGAGCGCCCUGGGUCUGUAGUAGCAGGAGUAAAUAUUUAAAAGACAACGAACAUAAUACGUAACACUAAUCAGAGUAUCGAUAAGAGCUAUCGAGAAGGAGAGUGGACACUUCGUAUUACGUUCCGGCAUCACUUGAACUCUUUUCUUUGUCAUUUUCUUAUUUAAUUAUAAACCGUCUUAGCAUACCAAUUUAAUAAAUUAUGAAAGAAA